AACUUUUCCCUCCAAUAAAUUCUCCCUUCUCGUAGAUGGUCAUCAGCUUCCCUCUCCAACCUCGCCGGGGAAACCAUGGAAGCAUCAACUCAUCACUCCGCAAAACGAACUCCCUUCUCUCUUCCGGUCGAUUCCGACCACAAAGCCACAGCCUUCCGGCCCCUCUCGUUCGCUCCGCCCCACAUGCGCGCCUUCCACCUCGCCUGGCUCUCCCUCUUCUCCUGCUUCUUCUCCACCUUCUCCAUCCCCCCUCUCCUCGCCCUCAUCCGCACCGACCUCCACCUCUCCGAUUCCGACGUAUCCACCGCCAACAUCGCCUCCUUCGUCGGCUCCAUCCUCUCCCGCCUCACAAUGGGGCCCAUCUGCGACAUCGCCGGCCCCCGCGUUGCCUCUGCCACCCUCUCCCUCCUCACCGCUCCUGCAGUCCUCUGCAUGUCCUUCGUUGCUUCCCCUCUCUCCUUCAUCAUCCUGCGCUUCCUCAUCGGCUUCUCCCUCGCCAACUUUGUCGCCAACCAGUUCUGGAUGAGCUCCAUGUUUUCCCCCAACAUCGUCGGCCUCGCCAACGGCGUUGCUUCCGGGUGGGCCAACGCGGGCGCCGGGGCCGCACAGCUAAUGAUGCCUAUCAUCUACUCUGUCCUGCUCAACUUCUCUCUCAUCCCCCCCUCCAAUGCAUGGCGCAGCUCCUUCUUCAUCCCAGCCUUAUUUCAGGCCGGGAUGGCAAUAGCAGUAUUAGCCAUUGGGCAGGACUUGCCCGACGGCAACUACAAACGCUCUCAGAAGAAAAAAGAGAGCACGUUGGGAGUUCUACUGCAGGGGAUGAAGAACUACAGAGGGUGGGUAUUGGGGUUAAGUUACGGAUUCUCUUUUGGGGUUGAGCUGACUACUGAUAACAUUAUAGCAGAGUAUUUCUAUGAGAGGUUCGGGCUGAAUUUAGAGAUGGCAGGGGUGGGGGCGGCGUGUUUUGGGGUGGCAAACUUGGUGACGAGGCCGAUGGGAGGAGUAGUCUCAGACAGGAUGGGGCGGAGGUAUGGGAUGAGGGGGAGAUUGUGGAGCCUGUGGGGGGUGCAGACGGUUGCAGGUUUGCUCUGUGUGCUGCUGGGGCGAGUCAACUCGCUGUGGGGUUCCAUUGCGGUGAUGUGUUGCUUCUCUGUGUUUGUUCAGGCUGCCGGUGGGCUUACCUUUGGUGUGGUUCCCUUCGUCUCCAAGAGGUCACUUGGAGUAAUAUCAGGCAUGACAGGGAGUGGCGGGACUAUGGGGGCAGUUAUUACCCAGUUUCUUCUAUUUUCAGGCUCUAGAUACUCAACACAGACAGGAAUAUCUCUCAUGGGUCUUAUGAUGAUUGUCUGCACCCUUUCCCUCACCACCAUGUACUUCCCACAAUCGGGUGGCAUGUUCUGCGGACCUUCUUGGGAUUCAAAUACAAUCAGAGAAGAAGAUUACCACCUCCUUGGUUGAGAUCCUAAAAUGGAAGAUAUGUCCAUUAUUUUCCUUCCAUGCCUAAGAUCCACUGAGUCACUUAAGAGAGCUUAUGUGACCGACAACAGUACACAGUCAGAAUUAAAGAAAUAUGGUUGCUAUAAUAAGAAAUAGAAUCUUGCAGAAAUUUUACCUGGCUGAAGGGAGCGGAAAAAUGAAAAAUAAAAAUUAAGGUUCUUGCAGAAGCCAAAUUUGAAAAUGAAAGGCAAUGUAUGCCUAGAAUAAGAUUUGAGUCGAGGGAAGACUGGCCUAUCCGCAGUUAAGUUUUUGUAUCCAGCUCUCUAAAAUUGUUUUCAUAAUCAUGUACUUUUGGAACCUAAAGCACCAUCCUCAAUGUGCAUUAUAGUAAAUUCAAUUGUUUACCCA